UAUCGAUGUAUCGAUGGUAGUGUCGGUGUUUCCCCACCUCUAGUCUCCGCUCGAUGUGUGUGAACUUUACACAAUUUAAUUAAGAAAACCAGCGAGGAAAAUUUGGAACUGAGCUGAGUACGAAAGAAGCCUCUAACUGCAUCCGGGUUGGAUGAAUCUGUCAAUUCGGCGCCCUCGAAAUGUGCAGCCAGUGCAGGCGUGUGAAGCAGAACGCGUGUGUAGUGCAGGGCGAAUCGUAGCGAUUCAAAGCAAAAGAAAUAACAGCGGUGGGGUAGAGCAGACGUAAAGAAAGCGACGCACGGCGAAAAAUGCAUACAGAUAAAAAAGCUAAAAUCGAAAAACGAGCCGCGCUGCUAAAUUAGCGAGCAUUGAUUAAUUGCCAAAUAUACAUUCAAGACAUUCAACGCGUGUUGCCGGCGAAGUUGGGGACAGGAGCCAAGCAGAGCACUCAGCCGCGGACCAAGAGCAUGAGAGACAACCAUGCCUUCGGCACGACCUGGUAGUCUCAAGGAUCCGGAAAUAGCCGACCUGUUCAACAAGCAUGACCCGGAAAAGAUAUUCGAGGACCUGCGCGAAAUCGGCCAUGGCUCGUUCGGGGCUGUCUACUACGCGCGGUGCAACCUCACCAAGGAGAUCGUGGCCAUCAAGAAGAUGUCGUACACGGGCAAGCAGAGCCAGGAGAAGUGGCAGGACAUACUCAAGGAGAUACGCUUCCUUCGCCAACUGAAUCACCCCAACACCAUUGAAUACAAGGGCUGCUACCUGCGCGAGUCAACCGCCUGGCUGGUGAUGGAGUACUGCGUGGGCUCCGCCUCGGACAUCAUCGAGGUGCACAAGAAGCCCCUCCACGAAGACGAAAUCGCUGCCAUCUGCCUGGGCGUGCUCAGCGGGCUAAGCUAUCUGCACUCGCUGGGGCGCAUCCACCGCGACAUCAAGGCCGGCAACAUUCUGCUGACGGACAACGGCGUGGUGAAGCUCGCCGACUUCGGCAGCGCGGCCAUCAAGUGCCCGGCCAACAGCUUCGUGGGCACCCCCUACUGGAUGGCCCCCGAGGUGAUCCUGGCCAUGGACGAGGGCCAGUACGACGGCAAGGUGGACGUGUGGUCGCUGGGCAUCACCUGUAUCGAGUUGGCGGAGCGCAAGCCGCCCUACUUCAACAUGAACGCCAUGUCUGCCCUCUACCACAUCGCCCAGAACGAGUCGCCCACGCUUCCGAAAAAUGACUGGUCGGACGCCUUCUGCAGCUUCGUGGAGCUGUGCCUUAAGAAGAUGCCCGCGGAGCGUCCCUCCUCCGCCAAACUUCUGACGCACGCCUACGUGACCAGGCCCCGCUCCGAGACCGUGCUGCUGGAACUGAUAGCUCGCACCAAGUCGGCGGUGCGGGAGCUAGACAACCUCAACUACCGAAAGAUGAAGAAGAUACUCAUGGUGGAUACCUGCGAGACGGAGAGCGCCGUGGGCGACGCAGACGACCAGCAGGACGACCACGCCGGCGGAGACAGCAGCAAGAGCAAUAGUAUUACUUCGGAACACUCCAUACACUCGGUGGGUGUAUCGGCGGCCAGUAGUCAGAGCUCCUCAUCCAAUUCCAUACCGGCUGCGGCCCAGAAUCAUCACCAUAUCGCGGCACACCACCACCAGCUAGCAGCGGCCGCCGUAGCAGCGGUGUCCAUGCACCACCACCACCACCACCCGCACCAACAGCCCCAGCCCAGUUGGCCCAGUGGUCAGCAGUCGCAGGCGGGCCCGGCUGGUGCCGUCUCCCGCAACUCCUCACGCCACCGCAACCGGCCGCCGAUGCCCAACAUAAUGCACAGCAUGAACAACAACGUGACGCCCACGAACUCGGUGUCAGUGGUGCCUGCCCCUGCUCCUGUACCGGCUCCGCCGCUCUCCGUGUUGCCGCACCUGAGCGCCACGAGCCAUGGAGUGGUUGGCACGGGCACAGGCGGCAGCAGCGGAGGCUCUCCGGCUGCGGGAGGUCCCCUGGCGGACCGGAUGCAGCCUAUCCAGCCGCGCUACCUGACAACGCCCGCCGCCCAGGCGGCCGUCUUCGCAGCUAGCUCAGCCUCCUCGCAGCAAGCCAUCUCGAACGCGGUGAACGACCACGGACCCAACAACUUUGCCACCAUCCGGACGACGAGCAUCGUAACGAAGCAGCAGAAGGAGCACAUGCAGGAGGAGAUGCACGAACAGAUGUCCGGCUAUAAGAGGAUGCGGCGGGAGCACCAAGCGCACCUGGUCAAGCUGGAGGAGAAGUGCAAGGUGGACAUGGAAGCGCACAAGACGGCUCUGGACAAGGAGUAUGACACGCUUCUGCACAACUUUACCAGGGAACUCGAUCGGCUAGAGACCAAGCACCAGCAGGACGUGGAGCGCCGCGCCAAGCAGACGAGCGCCGCCGAAAAGAAACUACACAAAGAGAUUACCCAGAAGCAAGAGGGCGACCGCAAGGCAUACGACCUCAACCGGAAGAAGGAGUACAAGGCGAACAAAGAGCGCUGGAAGCGCGAGCUCUCCAUGGACGACUCCACGCCCAAGCGGCAGCGAGACCUCACCCUUCAGUCCCAGAAGGACACCCUGAAGCAGCACGAGGCGCAGGAGGAGCAGCGCAUGCUCCAGGCCCAGAAGCAGUACAUCGACCUGGAGAUGCGGAAGUUCAAGCGCAAGCGCAUGAUCAUGCAGCACGAGCACGAGGAUCAGCAACUGCGGGACGAACUCAGUAAAAAGGAGCAGCAGCUGCAGCAGGCCCACGCCAUGCUUUUGAAGCACCACGAAAAGACACAGGAACUGGAGUACCGUCAGCAAAAGAGCGUGCACCAGUUGCGCGAGGAGCAGAUCAACAAGCAACACGAUACGGAGUUGCACAAUCAAAAAGACUACAUGGACCGCAUCAAGAAGGAGCUGGUGCGGAAGCACGCGCUCGAGCUGAGGCAGCAACCCAAGAGCCUGAAGCAAAAGGAGCUCCUGAUUCGGAAACAAUUCCGGGAGACGUGCAAGACGCAGACGAAGCAAUACAAGCGCUACAAGGCCCAAGUGCUGCAGACGACGCCAAAGGAGCAACAGAAAGAAGUCAUUAAACAGCUUAAGGAGGAGAAGCACCGGAAACUGACAUUGCUGGGCGAACAGUACGAGCAGAGCAUUGCGGACAUGUUCCAGAGUCAAAGCUAUAAACUGGACGAGAGCCAAGUGAUCGAGUGCCAACGGACCCACGAGCAGCUGGAGUACGAGCUGGAGAUGCUGACCGCCUACCAGAACAAGAACAAGAAGCAGGCGCAGGAGCAGCGCGAUCGCGAACGCCGAGAGCUCGAGAACCGCGUCAGCGUACGUCGUGGCCUGCUCGAGAACAAGAUGGACGCCGAGCUGCAGCAGUUCAAUCAGGAACGCGCCGAGCGGUUGCGCAUGAAACACGAGAAACAUACUAAAGAAUUGGAAGCAUUUGAUAACGAAUCAAUUUCCCUAGGUUUCAGCACUUUAUCGCUAAUUGAGGUAUCCCGUGAAGCCUAUCCGGACGAGGAGGGGAGCUUGUCUGGUUCCAUGAUUAGUUUAGCCCAUAGCAAUAGUUCCACAAGUUUUCCGGCUGGUUCGCUAUAGCAUAGAAAACAACAGCAACAUAAACAACAGCAACAUAAACAACAACAACAACAUCAGCAACAAAAACCACAACAAUGCCAACAACAACAAUCGCAAUAUGUGUUUAGUAAUAUGGUCUACUUAAAUUUUAAUGGAAAUUACAAGCCAACAACAACAGCCACAGCCACAGGCACAGCCACGUCAGCCACAAAUCGAUCCCAGCAGAAUCAAUCGGCAGCAGAGUCGCAUCAGUAAUGGGAAGAACGCUCCUGCGUUGUCCUUGUAGAAGCUGAAGAGAAAGCCAUUAGUGGCGAAGAGCACGAGAGCCGCAAGUAUUCUCCAACAGCUUCGGCCUGCCUGCGCCUGGCUGGCCCCAAGAAGCUGCAAUAGUUUUGUAUUUAAUGAAAUUUCGACUCUAGAGGACAAGGAAAGAUCGUCACAGUAACUCAACUUGUCAACGCAACAAUUAAAUACAAGAGCAAUCAAAAGCAGAAAGAAGCGGAGGAAAAUAUAAAUACAUAAUUAUAAAUGUAAGCCUAAAUGUCAUACAGAAACAAUAACACAACAACACAAAUGAAACAGAGGAGCGUGGAGAGAAGAACUUCAAAAUUUUGUACGCAAAGUGAAUAAUUAGUUUACGUUAAAAUUAUAAUUUGAUAUUAUUACCGAGUAACUGAAUCAAUCACAACUUAGUUUUGUUAACCCCAUCAUCGCUCUCGCACUGCAAAAUGUCGUAAAUAGAAUUAUUGUGUGUAUUUGUUAAAACGCUCGCGAAAACUGAGAGAUUCAGUUUGAUUCGCAUUCGCAGUCGCAAUCGCAUUCAUAGUUGCGAUUUUAAUGUUAUUUUCAAUCGAUUGCCGCCGAGAAGUACUGCGGUCGCAGCUCCCCGGGCCGGGCAGACGUCGAUUGCCAUUUGCAUGUUGUUAGGUUCCAAAUUCCCGACUCACGUUAUGUUUUUCUUAUUUUGAUUUGAUAAAAAAAAUGUAUUUUUAACGGAGAGGACGAGAUGAAGCUUAAAUUUACACUUUUAUUUGCUGUACGCGAAAGUUUUAUGGCCAAAUUGAUUAUUGAUUAUUGAUUAUAAACACAGCACGAGCAAAGGCAAAAGCAAAAAGCAAAAUGCAAAAUGCAAAAAAGCAAAAAUUCAAAUGCAAAAAGUUAGUUUUGUUUAACAUUUAGUUUUGUUUGUUAUAACAAAAGGAUAUAAAGUAAUAAAUACAUUAACUAAAAUAAGCCUAUUUUAGAGUUAAUUAAUGCAAAUUGCAAAAUGCUUAGUCAAAACAAUAAAAAUUGUAUAGAAAAUUAAUGCAUAUAACGUUUAAUUAUUUAAAGACUUAAGUUACGUGGAAAUAUUAUUUUCGAUUGGUCGUAUCUUGCAAAUUGUGCAACUAACACAGAGCUACUCAUACACACACAAAGAUACAUUCAUAAUGAAGAUUAUACAACAAAAAAUGGAAAACCAAGAACUAAUUGUAGAAUUUUACAUUCUAGUGAACAGAGCUAAGUAGAAUGCGGGAAACACUAAUCCAAUUAACGUUUAUGUUGGAGAUAUCUUAAAUAUCGGUCGGUUGCUAAUAGGAUAAAGACAGACGGACGAAUCACAACUGAUGUUCAGAGCAGUUAAUUUCUUCGGUUUUCGGUUUCGGUUCAUAAGGGUCAAGGGUGAUCGCGAUCCAUGUCACCAUUACGCCCACGUACUGCUCUAGUACGCGGAUGCAGUUCUAUCGACUGGCGACCAACCCUUGCCCGCCUUUCAAAAUUAAGGUACACGACACAGAAAGGGUGGGAAGCCGACGAGCAGCCAGGGAGACAAAAAUAUGUAAUAUUUUUUAUGUUUAUAAAUUUUUUUUUAUUAUAAUUAUAACAUAAUAUGAAUUGUAUUUUUGCAAUUAUGGUAAUGACGAAGGAAACGAAUCAGAAUAAAUUGAUGCCCAUCAAUGUCAAUAAAUAAAACUUAUUUAAAAGUAA